GAAUUUGAAAAUCAAGCCACCUUCAGAAUACGAGGAUACGAAUAGCCUAGGAAAUAGAGUGAAAUUAUUUUUGUAUAAUUUGCAAAGUCUUCGGAUUUUUCUUGCAAUAUGGAACGUUUUCAUCAUGUUUUGCAUGAUCACCAUCUUUUCAUGAUUGUCUUUAUAAUUGUCGGUAGUUGUUAUCAUUGUACAGGUGAGAUGCAGGUAUUGACGGAUAGUAAUUGGACUGCGGUUUUACAGGGUGAUUGGUUUGUUGAGUUUUACGCUCCGUGGUGCGGUGCGUGCCGUAGUUUUGAGCCAAUUUGGCAACAGUUUAGCGAGCAGUCUGACUCACUUGGUGUCAAAAUAGCGAAAGCUGAUAUAACUGUUGAAAGUGGAUUGGCGGCUCGCUUUCUGGUGUCUCAGCUGCCAACUUUGUACUAUAUAAAUGAAGAAGGAACAUCGUUUAGAAAGUACACAGGGAAAAGAAGGAUCGACAAUCUGGAGAAGUUUGUCAAUGAGAAACAGUGGCAACAAAUUGAACCAGUUGUGUGGUACUUGAAGCCAAACUCAGUGCCUAUGACUGUGGCUGGCGCGUUGGCUGGAAUCGGAGAGUCAGUGCGAUUCCUUGUCCAGAUUCUAACUGACCAGUACUCUGUACCAAUGUGGUUAAUUAUAGUCGGUAUGGUCGUGGCAACUAUAGUUGUUGGAGUUAUCAUGGGACUCGUACUUGUCGGAAUAGGCGGAGUUAUUUUUCCUGCGAAACGACAACAACCACCUCGAGGUACUCCGCAAAAAGCUGUAACAGCAGUGGGGAAAGAAGUUGAAAGCGAAAGCACCGCUGCUGGCGGCGACACGAAAAAGGAUAAAUAGUUAUGGACUUCAGUGAUCAGAGAGAAUGUUCUUAUCUGCUAUCAAUUCUAUCUUUCUACUAUAUAUGAGUAUCUACUUUGUAAAUAUUUUGGCUGUUGGAAUAGCUCGAAAUUAAGAUUUUUUA